AUGCAGCGAGCGGGUAGGCGCAAACCAGAGGCGUGUAAACACCGCCAGCUGGCACCAGCGCCCAGCGAAUCUGCAGCCGCAAGCGCGUGCCCGAUCGACCACACCGAAUCUAUUUCACUACCGGCACCAGCUAAACUAACCCGUCGGUGCACACCGCGCUACACAGAUAAAUGCGUAUUAAAAAUGGCCCAACGAUCGAGCGACGGCGAGGUGGACACCGGCGGCCCUGUUAGACAUCGGAGCGGACUGGGUCGUGUGUCGGGCGCGCGUAAUGGCGCCGCGCACGCCCGAAAGACGAGACGCACCGACGCCCAAACCCAGAAGCGAGUGAGUGAUGCCCGUUUGAUCGGCUCGCGGCGCGACACACACUGGGCGGAGGCGGACACGGCAACGUUACGUCAGCGAGGGGCGAGGGCGGGCGCGCGGGGCGGGAGGGGCGACAGGGCGGGGGGCGAGGUAUUUCAGAGUGCUGCAUCCUCGCGCCCAUCCUUGGGCGGUUGGGCGAGCGUAGCUGAAAAACGUCGCCCAACGCCACCAGAUGAACCUAUCUAUACUGUGCCUUAG